GCACUUUUUAAACACAUGAAAAGUUUUGUUUUUUCAUGAACUUUUAAUGAAUUAUUAAUGAAUAUCACUUCCAGUCUCCAAAAGCGGGACCAUCAAAUCGCCUCUCUCCGUCCCGCUUUUCUAGAGUACAUAGGCAUACCUUUGUACAUCUAUAUACUGGUGCGCAUGUACGAGCUCCUAUCGCUGCAGGCUGUGCGUAGCUCUUGCUCGCUUUCCUCUUUCUUUCCUGUAUUAAGUACAUUGAAAAGAAAUAAUUGAGACACAGUUAGCAAAGAGGGUAUUUUCUGUCAGACUCGGCUUCGCCUCGGGUGCAUAACCUCGCAGGGACGGAAGUUCGACUUUCGUCCCUUGUCACGUAACAUACUAUUCCUCCGGCAUUUUUUAAUCUAUACAACGCACACCAAAAUUUAUAACUAUUUCUCAUUUCUUCUUCUUUUAAUUUUGAAGGUAUAUCUAUGAUAUGACUAGUAAUUUUAAAUACUGUCUUUCAGGAGACCCCAAAAAAAUUUUGGAGCAAAUCCAUGACCCGAAGGUGAGAAGGUCUCUUUGUAAGCUAAUGAAUUUGAUUUGUUAAAAUAUUACUGAAUCACAUUUUCAUAAAUACAUUUCAACUCAUUUUCAAGCUCUUAAACGCUAGUUUACUUUACAAAUAAAUUUGAUUUGACUCGACGUUUCCUAAUCAAUUUUUCAUACAUCAAGUUAACUAUUUUACGCAAAACACACACAUGAUUUACCGCAACUCGUGGGCUGCGAGGACGGUGCGCAUGCGUUACCCGUGUGUACUGCACAGCAGUCAGCAGAGUUGCCUGUUGCAGACUCAAUACUCAUGGUAUACUAAACAUGCCUUAUGCAGUGAGCAGUAGCAGUUUAAGCUUUCUAUAUAGUGCUCUUUAGCGCUCGUUUCAACAUUCAUUUCUCGUGCGACAUAUAGAACAACGAUUGGAAGCUCGACUUGAUAAUGGCAAAGCAUCAUCCGGAUCUUAUUUUCUGUCGCAAGCAGCCGGGUGUCGCUAUUGGACGUCUGUGCGAGAAGUGCGACGGCAAGUGCGUCAUCUGCGACUCGUACGUGCGGCCCUGCACCCUGGUCAGGAUAUGCGACGAGUGCAAUUACGGCUCCUACCAAGGACGCUGCGUAAUAUGCGGCGGACCCGGCGUUUCGGACGCUUAUUAUUGCAAAGAGUGUACCAUUCAAGAAAAGGACAGAGACGGUUGUCCGAAAAUUGUAAAUCUAGGCAGUUCGAAAACAGAUCUAUUUUAUGAAAGGAAAAAAUAUGGCUUCAAGAGAAGAUAGUUUAUAUUUUGUACAUAUCUAUGUUCGGAGCUCUCAAGCUUAAGUAUUUUUAUUUUUUUAUAAGCAUUCAUUUAUUUAAUCAAAGCAGAAAUCACUUGAAAUUAUGAAAUCCAUAAUUAAUAUGUACUCGGUAUAAUUUUAUAUAUUUUAAUGUAAAACCGAAAUAUAAUUUAGGUAAUUUCAAUUAUAUAGUUUUUAUGUCCAAGUUAUAAAAUUUUCCUACGUACAGGAGUUUUCAGUAAUUUACUUUGGAUUGUAAGAGUCUAAUCAGACAGAAAAUACAUUUUCAUCUACGAAAUUAAUGAA